AUCUCGAGUCGGAAGGCUAGAUCCUGCCACCUCUACAUCCUCUCCCUCAAUCUGCCUUUGAUACUCGCGACUUCGCAAGGAAAUUUUGGCACUCGCUUCUCCUCACAGAAGGCCCUCGAAAGUCCAUGAUUGGACAUUCGCCUCGGUCCUUGUCGCGCGAACAGCCGGCUCGAUGGACAUCAUGAAUCGUUGGACGGCGAAGAAGGCACAUAGCAGCAGGAUGAGGAGGUCGACCCUGCUUGGCGGUGCCCUUUUCUUGGGCUUCGCAUCAGCUCAUCGACUUGGCAAGCCUGGACCUGGCACAUCUGGCCUUGGGCUCAAUAGCAAAGUGUUUCCUGAAGAUCCCUUCUCCUCGCCUGCGUACAAUAUCAUCUUUGACCCGCUCGAUCCUGUCAGAAAUGCCACGCUGGUAGGACUACUUCAAGACCAAGCAGACGGUCUUGCGGACGGAACGCAGAGCAUAGAGCUGCUGGGAGGAGCGGACGGCCUGCAUGCUUGUUUCAGCGCUGCAUCUCCAGAGAUAGAUGCGCGCAAGAGGGCACAAUCGAAUAUAGAUCUCUCUUCCCUCUCAGCAACAGACCUCGAAUUAGCUCGAUCGCGCGCUCUAUCCAAAGGCCUAUCGUUGCUUGCGCCUCUGCGCAAGACUUGUCUCUACCACACGCUCGACUGGUUCACAUACGAGUUCUGCUACGGAGCUCAAGUGAGACAGUUUCACGCGCUGCCCGGAAGCUCUCUACCUGGACGCACACCCGUGCCGGACCCAGGACAGGAUAGCUACGUACUGGGCAGAUCGCCUUCUUCGUCUUACUAUGCAAAUCGCUUGGAUGGUAGCGCGGUUGCGCAACAGGAUGAUGCGGCGAGCAGCAACGCUCAAGACGAGGCUAAGAGGGAAGAAGUAGGCGAGUUGAUGGAGGUGGUCUCGCUCGCAGCUGCACCUGGCCCCUCGGCUGCCAGACAAGGCGCAACGAAUGCCAAUGAUGCCAACGAGAAAUCGCAGCAUGAAGCGUCCAGCUCGCUCAAAAGAGGCGAGAGGUAUGUCUCGCAACUUUGGGGAGGCGGCACGCUUUGUGAUCUGAACAACGAGAGGAGGAGCGUGGAAGUUCAGUUCUACUGUUCCCGCAGACCGGGCGAUCGCAUCUCGCUGGUAAAGGAGACGACUACGUGCAAUUAGUGAGUUCGGAAAGCUUGUGCCCCAAACUGUGGUUUCUGUGCUGCUGCGACAGUAAUAUAGAGCUCAACAUCUUCUCUCUCAUCGCAGCGUCAUCGUCAUCGAAACACCACUGCUUUGCACGGAGCCCGCCUUCGCUCUUCAGGAUGAUCCAGUGCAAGAUAUCAAAUGCAGACCGGUCGUGUCUGAUGAUUGGGUGGCACCGGCCAAGCCCGUCACGCAAGCACCAGAAAGGGGCAUAGACGCGUCGCAGACUCGAGAUCAUCAAGAU